GGUUUUAUUGAAGAACAAGUUAACCAUAGAACAAAUAAAACCUCUCUCUUCUUCCUUCUUCCUUCUUCUCAAUCAAAUCUAGUCACUGAGAAACUAAGCUUUGCCUGCUAUGGAGGUCAGUCGAGCUUCACCGACGGAGGUAAACGAAACCAAAGACCUCAAAACCCUAAUCUCCUUCUACUCCCACUACCUCUGGAACCGACUCCUCGAUUUCCUCCCCUCUUCCGAUUACAAUUUUCUCCGCCGAAUCCGAGUCCGAGCCGCCGCAUCACGGCGGCGACACCUUGCAUGUCUUCCGCUCCCUUUACCGGCUAAUAUACUCGACUCUUGCCAGCCGGCGACGACGGAGGCGUCUAGAGUUCUCGAUGUGCUACAUGAGAUUCUGAAGCACACCUUCUCCAAUUUGCACCAUGUCCAGAAGAACCUGCAGUUUUGGGAGUCUAGGGCUGAGGGAUCAAAAGCUCAAAAAGUUAAGUUUAUGGUGCUUGAGAGAGGUCCGCAGGCUUUUGUUGAUGGUACAAUCCAACUGAUACGUGGAUAUGAUGGUGAGGGUUCUUCCAUACAGAAUAUGUGCCUCUCUGCAUCGGCUUACAUGUCUGAGAGGAUAGCGGUGUUAAGUAGCUUAAGAUCUUCUCUUGCCACAUUUUUGGCCCAGUUUUACAUGGAAAUUGAAAGUUUCGGAGAAGAGUUGGUGAAAGAUCCAGAGAGUUCGUUGCCCUCCUUAUUAGAGAGAAUUAAUAACUUGUUCUUCAAAUUAGAGGCAUCUAUCGGCCAUCUCCAUGCAAUGCGCCCGAGUGAUUCUUCUGUUGAAGGAAGCUAUUCAUUUCCGCUAGUAUUUGAGAAAUUGCCUGAGAUAAAUCAAGACAGAUCCCAGUGGACAGACUGUGAAAUUAGGGAUUCAAUCAAUUUGAUUUCUCAAAAUCUGGAGAAACUGGAAUCUCACUUAACUUUUAUAGUUGACAAACAUCGGAAACCAAGGAGAGUAACUCGACAUUGGAUCCGCUAUACCUGUGGUGCGGUUGGCCUCUCAGUUUGUUCUGUGUGGCUCAUAAGACAUAGUCGUCUGUCAGGAAGUCAUGACAUAGAUAAUUGGGUUCGAGAAGCUAAGGAUUCAACCGUCAGCUUCUUGCAUGAUCAUGUUGAGCAACCGCUGCUGUCUAUUAGAGAUGAACUUUUUGCGACAUUCAGGCAAAGGCACAAAGGAAUGAUGGAGCUUGAAGAAGUGCAAUUAACCUCCAAUUCUCUGCACAGAAUGUUGUUGGCUUUCAGUGAGCAGACAAAAGGGCAAAAGUUCCCAGGGAAUGCAUCUGAUCAGGAAAUGCUUGAAAUAGUUAUGGCUAGGUAUGAAAAGGAACUUGAACAUCCUAUUCAUAACCUUGUAAAUGGCGAGCUGGCUCGUGCCUUGCUGAUCCAGGUUCAGAAGCUAAAACUCGAUACUGAAACCGCCAUGCUUGAAUUGAACCAGAUUCUGAGGGCAAAUGAGAUAAACUUUGCAAUCCUAGCUGCUUUACCAGCAUUCUUUCUCUCCCUCAUUCUGCUAAUGCUAGUGCGUGCAUGGUUCAAACGGGAUAAAAGAGCAGAAGGAAGGGGACGAGUUGCUCGGCUCCAGAGGAGGUUACUUGUUGUGGAAGUUGAGAAGAGGAUUAUGCAGUAUCAAAGUUUUAUCGAUCAAGGGAUGGAGAAAGAAGCGCUAGACAUGUUUGGAUUGUUGUUGUAUAGUCUGGAUCGCCUAUACCAUGCUGUCAAGGGGCAUGCCAAAGCAACUGGGGAAUGGCAGUGGUUGUGUCAGGAUAUAGUUGAGCUGGCAAAGCCCAGCCUUCAAACUGCAUAUAAACUCAGAGUGACCUCGCGGAUGGAACGGGUUUAUGACUGUUUACUUCCUGCAUUGCAGCGCCAGUAGGAAUGUCACAUGUUUUCCUUUGUUUCACUUUUUGCCAUUUUUUCUCUCUGAAUGUCGCAUAAAUCUUGAUCAAAAUAGGAGUAACAAUCAAUUUCCAUCAUUCCUCUUUUGUUAACUGGUGUGACGUUAAAGUUCUGUUUACUGGUGGAAGUAUUAUUUUGCAACCAAUGUAAAGAUUA